CAGCCCAUCACUUUGAAAUCGAGUGUCCGUCCCAUCAUGAUGAGCAUGACGACAACGAUGGAUGCUUUCCAGGACCAGGCUCGUAGCUGCUAUCAUGCACUUCAAUCGACAGGAGACUGGAAGUUGCAGGUCCAGGAGCUGUCGGACCUUCAAGAAAUGUUGGACGACCUCCACCGUAGUGGACAAAUGAACAUCGAUCUCAUCAUGGAGUCCCUUUUGCCGCUUGCUCCACUCAUGCAUGCUUUGGUCACCUCCGUCCGAUCUGAGGUGGUAAAGAAAGCUUGUUGCUCUGUGGCCCGGUUUGCGUCCGUAUGCGGCCCUAUGUUCGAUCCAUUCGCGAACCAAGUCCUUCCCUCAUUGAUUCAAAUGGCAUGCUCGAAGGUUCAAGUCGUACGUCGCGCCGUGGAGGACUGCUUUGCGGAGUUGUCGUCGUGUUCACGCUACAAUCUCGACGCGUUUUGCAACCACUUCAACACGGCCCGUACUGAUGAAUCCCGUUGUCUCCUCGUCAAGCAAAUCCCAAUUUACCUUAAGGCGUGGCCCAGAUCCGAACUGGACCCACAUUUUGAUCAGCUGAAGGGGUUAUUGCACCGUGCAUUGCGCGACAAAAACGACCUGGUUCGCAUUGCAGCGCGGGGAGCGUUUUGUGUGCUUGCCGAUACGUGGGCUGAGCACGUAAAUGACCUCGUGGACAUGCCAUCACCGCGCCACCGAUCUUGUUUCGCCCAAGAGCACCCGUCUGCUAAUUUCACGAUGCAACUCGUGGCUAAAUACGCCUCCCUAACUCCUCCAGUCCGCACGCCAUUGCGACCAACGAAUCCUUUGGCGUUUUCGCCUUCGAUCAAUCUGGGCCACGGCACACCAAGUGCUGCGGGAAAGCAAUUGCCGCGCCGCCGCCUGAACAAGGAUAGUAUAUGCGCAGCAUUUGACCCGACAGAGUCGGUCUUGUCGUGUUCGUCCAAGACUUCUUCAGAAGAAAACACUGUCGACUUUCCGACGCAGCAAAUGGCAGCUGCGGAGACCAUACAACGUGCAACAAAGGAAUUCGAUCGAGAACAACGUGAGGUUGCUCUCGCGCGUUUGGAUUCGAGCGCUAAACUGACCCCUCAUGCCCAAUUGGACGACUCGUUGCAGCACCCGUUGCGGAGCAUCUCUGCCAAAGCUGCCUCAACUCGAAGUGCGCCGAACCAGCCUUCAAUCGUCAAGUCGGUGGUUGGUACGCUGGUGACAUGGUUGACAUUUGCGAGUGUCCUGUUUGCAUUAUACACAGUGACAGGAGCAGUGCUGAGUGCGCUGGCGCUGCAGCAACGUGGUGGACUCCUUGUCGAGCUCGAGCAGUUGGACAUGUCCAUAGCCCGUACGUUCCACGACCUCCAGACCAAGGAAGUCGCGCUGGAGUCUGCGAUGGCCGAGUUGACGUCGUCGAUGGCUGCCCAGCGCCACGACGCACACGAAGCGAUGGACGCGUUGCGCGAGUCGAGUGCCGCCUGGAACAAGUCCAUGCGCGAUGACAUGGAAGCGUUCAAAGUGGAAUUCAUGGCGAUGUUGCUCAAGCCCGUGGAUGCGGCGUGAGGAUCCCAGGAGACAUGCGCCGGCUCACAAUGACCACACGUGUUGCACGCCUAUUUAUUGCAUUCAAAAACGAUUGAACAAACACGAGUGUUCUCAUCCGAUAGCCCAAAGAAUACCUCCGGCUCAAAACACACAACGUGAACGCUUUGAAAGGCUGGGUCGGGUUCCGCGUUUACAGAGGCGUCC